CCAUAAACCGAGAAAUUAGCGAGGAAGCUGCAAAGUCUACUUUUGACCUUGGAAGCUAUUUCGUUUACGAUUAUCAAAUCAAAGCAAGUUAGUUUUUUAUUAUCAACUUUUGUAAAAGGAAGCAGAAAGAUGAAUGAGAAUGAGAUUAAGCAAGUAGCUUCUUCAUUAAUCACGUCUCGUUUGUCACCACUCGCUAAACCCUUCACUCUCAAUCGCUCUUCCUAUUCACUAUCACCACAACCCUCUCUCAAUUCUGAUCAUAAUCAUAAUGACCCUUUUAGUUCUUUACUUGAUUCUUUUCGAAAAACUAACCUCACUUCAAAGGCUCACUCUGUCUCUUUGAAUGACACUGUCAAAAUUACAACUUUGCCACUUGAAGCUGCUUCUCUGACCCAUGAAACUUCCCUUGUUCAAGAUAACCCUUUUCUGGAAUUGGCUAAAAAUCGUCACUUUCAUGAUGGGCUUAAUGGGUCACACUUUGAUUUUGCCAAUUCAGUUGGUGAUGUCAGCAUGCUCCGGAAAGUUACGCCUGCUGUUGAUGGGUUGAAUCCCUGUCUAACAGUAUCUGACGGCAUUUUCGAAAAGAGCACUGGUAAAGUUUUGGGAAAAGACAUUCUAUCGAAUUCUGAAGACACAAGAUGUAAGAUUGCCCCGCUCAAGAUAUCGACCGAUAUGUCUUCUGCUAGAAGCAAUACUGAAAAUCAGUUCUCCAAUAAUUUGGGUGAUUGUGACACUGAUGUGGAUUCUCCUUGUUGGAAGGGAACCAUGACAUUUAGUUUAGUUCCAUCAGAAAUUCCACAAUCUGUAAAACUUCAUCAUGUUGAGAAAGCAACAGAAAAACACAACACUUUGAAUCCUCGGGCUCCACAGUUCUUUCCUGGUAUUGGAUAUGUUCAGGAUGAUUUCAUGUCUUCAAACUCUAGUUUGCCGGUAAGUACUAAUUUGUUGUCAGGAGAGGACAUACUCAUGGAAACUGUCAUGGCAGAAUCCGUAGUAGAGUUCAAUAAGGAAGAGCUUCCGUAUUCUACUUUCAUAAACGGAAUAGAAACAGCAUCUAAUAUGGUUAAUGAUCCAAGAAGUAGCUCUGUGGAUCCUCUGUUAAAUUCACAUUGUACGAUGACUCAGUCUUCUUCUAAAGACAAAUUCACAACUUCAAAAGGAAAACUUGUAACUAUAGGUGAUGUUGAUGAAUUUGUAAAGGGAACUGAAAAUCCCAGGGCUAGAAGUAGGUCAAUGAGUGAGGUUUUCCCUGCCAAAGUUCAUUCUCCAACAUCAUCAUCUCAACUCAAUGUUUUUACUGAUCUUCUAAAAACAUUUGAAGGUUUCUCCAAGUCUUUAAUCGAAUCUCCAAAACCGGAUGUUAAGAUAGUGCUUGGCGCAAUGCAUGUUCUUUCAGAAUUGCUUGCACAAACUUGUGUGGACGGAGUAGAUUCUUAUAACGAACAUGAUCUUAUUAUGAUUACAAUCCCACAAAUAAUCAAUAAUCUGAAUGAUUUUAAAACAAAAGUAUGCAGCAAAAGGAUUUCAACUCUUGACUCAGCUAGUGCAAAUAGUCCUCUUUGUUCUGAUAGGUCAGCAGAACUUACCAAGGGACUUGAAAUGGAAAGUGUAGAGACCCUUACCGUUCCACACCAGCUCUAUCUGCAAAAUGAUAGUAUUGGAAAAAAUACAGUUUCUAAUGUGAUUCGUCAGAGUGGACCGAGUUCUUCUGCAUCUAGCAGUGACGGAGGCACCAAUAAAGGCAAUGAAAUUAGUCAGCUUCAGGUCAUUCGGAGAAGUCUAGGGAAAAAUCUGGAUUUUGACAAACAAAUGAACCCAGAAGCAUUGUUGUUUUGGAAUUUAUGGCUUGAUUCUGAAGCAGAGCGUUGCUAUAGGAAAUUUAAAACUUAUCAUUGGCUUAUGGAAGCUGGCGUCGAUGUAAAUUGCAAAAAUGUUGCGGAGUUGUGGAGGUGACACGUGACAUUGCUUAGAAGUUUGUAGAUUUGGCAAGAGACAUAACUAAAGCUGUAUACACUGGAGAUAUCAUACAUAUUCAUUAUCAACUAACUAUUGGGUGAAUUUAUACUUGUAUAAAUGUAAAUGAUUCAUGUGAAUCCCAUGGAUCUGAACUGCUAUCAAGAGGAAAACAGCAUUGUACAAGUUUCCAGUUAAUUUAUUUUCUUCUUUUGAUUUGUCUUAAA